AUAUAACAUGUUUCGAAUAUAGCGAUAGGUCAACUUAACUUGACGGCGUAAAAGAUCAACAAAACCUGCUACGGUGCACUGUGGAUGCCUCGAAGAGUUGUGUUGCUUAGUCGGAAUGGGGCGGAACGACACGGGUGAGAGCUGAGAUGCCGACUCUAUGGAAACGGAUCGUGUUCUCCAUAGGCGCGAUACUCUGUAUUGGCUCUGUUGCGCUGCUGGUAGUGGCGCUUUUCACCGAGCGCUGGAUAAUUGGAACAAUCUUGUGUCAGACCGGAGUUGAUCUAGUGAAUGCGUCGAACUUGGAGCUCGCACAGUUUACUGGGGAUAUUUACUACGGGCUCUUUCAAGGCGGCAAAACCCGGAAAUGUGGCCUGGGGAGCCGACAUUAUAAAAUCUACAUUUUCCCAAAUCUAAUUAAGAAACUCAAUGCGGGUCUUCAUAUGAUCAUAAUCUUCUUCCUCUUCAUUGCUAUUGGCUUUGCUCUGGUAAGCCUGGCAUUCUGCAUAUACAAUGCCAGAAAAGUUCCUUACCAAUCCGUCAAGGGACCUCUAGGCCUGUAUAUCUGGAACUUCAUUGCAGCUCUGUUUUGUUCACUUAGUUUUGCCAGCUUCAUUGCAGCAGUUCGGUGCCAUCAGUUGACAGAGCGUGUGGUAAACUUCCGUGAGAACCUUUUCCACCUCGUGGUUCUGGAAGAGAGCAUGGGAUUCUCUUUCUGGCUCUGUGUUGCCAGUGCAGUCACACACGGAGCAAACAUGCUGGUGGUGGCAUUGAGCAGUAUUCAUCUGCCCAAAAUACAGACCAAAAAACAACAGCAGUCUACAGCAUCAGGAGAUGAUCUACUGUACUGAAGAACAUGGAGUGCACAUUUUGAAGGACUGGUGUAUUGUAAUGGUGAUUUGAUCUGAUUUAUUUCAGCAAUGAGAUGCAGCUGUACAGCCUACAAGGAGGGAAAAAUAAAUUAAAUAUUGUAUUGUCUUCAAGUUAAGGAAUGAAUUGAUAAACCCCUUCAGGUUAACAACAAAGAUAAAGACAUUUUUCUAAGCAUAUAUGAUGAAUAACCAAGCAAACAAUCAGGAAUAUUUAAUUCUUGGUCAGUUUUAUUAAUAACCAACAAGCCAACAUAACCAACAAUAAAAAGAGAUUUUAUCUACAUCUGCUGAGUUCUCAAAGCAGUAGGACUUAGUUAAAAUUCUACACUUACCAUACCUCAAAAUGGAGCAUGCAUUGAUAGUAUACCAGUUAAUGCAGUAUAUUAUAGCAGUUAAUACCUAUGAUAAAUAAAUGGCCAAUUAGUCUUAAUCCACAACACACUAAAUGUGGUCAUCAAUAAAAUAGUUGUAGCCAAGUGUAGUUAAGUGGUUAGUUGUUUUACAUCACACAUUAGCUAUGUCAUAUCCAGUAAUGGCUACUUCAUAAUCCUUAUGGACUUUGGCACCUAAGACUGCACUCAUGCAGCUUGUGAAGAAUGUAGAGUUAAAUAUUGCAUGAGUAUUUCUGAUUGAAUUGCAAGCAAACCAAUAAUAAUGCAUUUUGUAGUCAAUGUGUAAAAACAGUCAGUAGAUAUAUGUGAGCUCUUUCAACAACUACAUUAAAUUGUCAAAUUCGAAUAUGUAAAAUUAAAUGUAAUUCAAUCUGAAAGCCCAUCAGAAAAAAAAGCCCCAAUUGAGGUAAAACAUACACCUGAAUUAAUGUAUACAUAAUGUCAAGUAAAAGAUUAUAUGUAUUAUACAUUAUAAUACUAAAUAUUAUAUUAUGUGUAUAUCUUGUAGUAUUGUGCUUCUUAAAUUUAAGUGGACAUGUAUAUAGGUACAGCAUAAGCUGUCUGGAUCAGUAUCAGACAUUUCACACUUAAUUACAAAUAUUUACACUUAAAUUUUUUUGUUGACCACUGGAGAUUGCUGCAGUGUGGUUCUACUAGUGACAUUUUGCAAAAUCAGUCUGAUUGAAGAAUAUCAGAUUGAAAUAUUAACUCAUUAAUAAAUAAUUAUUUAAAAGUA